AUGGCGUGGACAUACCCAGCGCGAAGAAAUAUAAUCAUCGCCUUGCUGCUGCAGCGCUUGCGCCGCAAGAGGAGGCGGUCACUGUACAUAAGAGAAAUAUUUGACAAACGUCCGUGGUACGGUGAGUACCAUCACCUCGUCCAGGAGCUUCGACACAAUGAUCCGGAAUACCAUUUCAAGUAUUUCAGGAUGACGAAGACUUCAUUCGAUAAGCUAUUGGGCCUCGUCUACGAGAGAAUCCUGCAUCCACCAACGCAUAGGAGGCCCAUCUCUCCAGCAGAAAGACUUGCAGUUACACUGAGAUUCCUGGCUACUGGAGGAUCGAUGCAGGACAUCGCAAUCAGCUAUAGAAUUCAUGCUUCCACCGUGGCAGGGAUCCUAAAGGAGACUCUUCCAGCAAUCUGGGAUUGCCUGAAGCCUGUUGUUCUGGGGUGCCCAAGUGAGAGAGAGUGGGAAAAAAUAAGAGAAGAUUAUGAAGACAAGUGGAAUUUCCCAAAUACGAUAGGAAGUAUUGACGGCAAACACUUCGCUAUCAAAUGCCCAGACAACAGUGGGUCAGACUGUUUCAAUUAUAAGGGGUACCACUCAUUACUAAUGCUUGCUGUUGUAGAUGCGAAUUAUCGCUUUAUUAUGGUCGACAUAGGAGCCCAAGGUCGGCUUUCAGACGGCUCGUUCUUCGGAAAGAGCAACCUCAAGAGAGCCAUAGAAGAGAGAACCCUGGGACUCCCUUCAGGAGUUUCUAGGUGGCCGGUUUGUUUGGUUGGGGAUGCAGCAUUCCCUUUGCAAACUUAUUUGAUGCGCCCUUACCCUGGGAGAAAGUUAGAAGAAAGAAAAAAGGUUUUCAAUUAUCGCCUCUCAAGAGCCCGAAGAUGCGUUGAAAAUGCCUUUGGCAUCUUAGUUUCGAGAUGGCGAGUGUUUUUGGGUACAGUGGAGGGUGAGCCAGAGCUCCUAACCUGUAUGAUAAAAGCAGCGGUGGUCCUUCACAAUUUCCUGAUGGCUGACAAUGCAUACUGUCCUGAUAAUUAUGGGGACAGGCCAUGUGAGGAGACUGUGCAGGAUGGAGAGUGGCGGCGCAUGGUUGCCCAAAUUGGUUGCAGUGCACCACCAUCAAACCAGCGGCCUACCUCAGCUGCCAUGGCGAUGAGGGAUGAAAUUGCAGACUACUUCAUUUCUGCUGAAGGCUCAUUGCCAUGGCAGCUAAGUGUUGUCAGGAGGAGCUGA